AAGUAAAGCAAGUUGCACCAACUAAUGAAAUUAAAGAGAAGUUGUCAGGAUUUGUUUUGGAUUGUAGAUCGUUUAAAGAUUAAUUUAAGAGCUUCAUUUAAAUAUGGAAGAAAAUGAUUCAUCUCAGAAUAACAAAAAUGAACCAAAAUCUGAUGAAGACACAAAACUACAGGAUAUAACUUCGGCUACACCAGAUGCUAAUGUAGAAGCAGACGUGACUGAAAUGGACAGUGAUGAAGAACUAUCAGCUUUAAUGAACAUUGCUACUUUGGAGGAUUCAUCGGAAGGAAAGGCACCAUCAACAAUUACUGGAACUGGAUUGAUUUAUGAUGAAGUAUUUUUGAAACAUGAAUGUGAAUUUGAUGAGGGUUACCCGGAAUGUCCUGAUAGAGCACGGGUCUGUUAUGAGAGGUGUUGUCAACUUGGUCUAGUUGACAGAUGUAUUAGAAUACCAGUGCGAUAUGCUACAGAAGAUCAUAUAUUAUUACAACAUUCACGAGAAUUAUUAGACAAGGCUUUAUCUACAACAAGUUAUAGUAUACAACAACAGAAAGAAUUAUCAGAAAAAUAUGAUUCUUUUUAUGCCAAUAAGGAAACUUAUGAAUGUACAUUAGCUGCAUGUGGAAGUACUAUUGAAGCUGUGGAACAAAUAAUAACACAGAAAAUAAAGAAUAGCAUGGUGAUUUCUAGGCCACCAGGACAUCAUGCUAUGGAGAAUGAAUUUUGUGGAUACUGUAUGUUUAAUAAUGUUGCUAUUGCUACAAAAUUUGCUUUAGAAGAAUAUAAAAUUCCAAGAAUAUUGAUAGUUGAUUUGGAUGUUCAUCAUGGACAAGGAACUCAGUAUAUGUUUUAUGAUGAUCCAAGGGUGUUAUAUUUUUCUAUACAUCGAUAUGAAUAUGGAUCAUUUUGGCCAAACUUACGUGAGUCAGAUUAUGAUUUUAUUGGAAGAGGAAAUGGUAAAGGUUUUAAUGUCAAUGUUCCAUUGAACAAGACUGGAAUGACAGAUAGUGAAUAUAUAGCUAUACUACAGCAGGUUUUAAUGCCAAUUGCUUAUGAAUUUUCACCUCUAUUAACUCUUGUAUCAUGUGGUUACGACGCUGCCCUGGGAUGUCCUGAGGGUGAGAUGGAAGUAACACCGGCAGCAUACGCUCAUUUUAUUAACAUGCUAGGAGCGGUUUCAUCAGGAAGAGUUUGUGCUGUUUUAGAGGGUGGUUAUUGUUUGAAAUCUUUAGCUGAAGGAUGUGCUUUAUCUUUACGGGCGUUAUUAGGAGAUCCGUGUCCAUUAUUAAAACCUACACAAGAACCAUCAGACAAUGUAACAGAAAGUAUUUUAAAUGUUAUUAAAGUUCUCAAGCCAUAUUGGAAUUGUUUUUUUAAUCAAGAUAUUUUAGAAGAUGGUGAAAUAUGUCAGUAUGAUGCCCUACUUGAAUUACCGCCAAAACCAGAUAUUGAGUUUGCCACAAAUGAGAAUCGUCCAGAGAAGUAUGAUAUCAUGGGAUCUGAGUUUUUCCCUUCACAGACGAAAGAGAGGCAGCAGAUGUAUGACCAGAGGUUGAAUAAUUUAAUAGCAGAAGUUUCUUUAAAUAAAGCUGCACAUAGAACUUGUCUUGUUUUUGAUGCUGAUAUGCGAGCUCAUAAAAAUUUGUUUAUGAGUAGUCAUCCAGAACGACCAGACAGAAUAUCGUCUAUAUAUAAUCUGCAUGUAGAAUGGAAAUUAUUAAAGAGAUGUUUACAAGUACAGUCUAGAUUAGCAACAGAAGAGGAACUGUUGACCAUUCAUAGUCAAGAUUAUUUGGAUGAUAUUAAAUCUACGCCAAAAAUGGGUGAUUUUGCAUUACGUGAUAAGGGCCAAGAAUACAACUCAAUAUAUUUAUGCACGAAAUCGUAUGAAUGUGCCUUAUUAUCUGCUGGUAGUGUUUUAAAUGUUGUUGAUACUGUUCUCUCUGGUCAGGCACAAAAUGGGGUGGCAAUAAACAGACCUCCAGGCCAUCAUGCAGAGAGAGAUACUUGUAUGGGAUUUUGUUUUUUUAAUAAUGUGGCCAUUGCUGCAAAAUACGCACAGAAUAAAUAUGGUGUCAAAAGGGUAUUAAUAUUAGACUGGGAUGUUCACCAUGGUAACGGUACACAGAAUCAGUUUUACAAUGAUCCGAGUGUAUUAUUUAUAUCACUACAUAAAUUUGAUAAUGGUUGGUUUUAUCCGGUGGCUCCCGAUGGUGGUCAUGAUUUUAUAGGAAGUGGUGAUGGUGAGGGUUAUAAUAUCAAUAUACCAUGGAAUCAUAAUGCGAUGGGUAACUCAGAAUAUAUAAGUGCUUUUCUACAGAUUGUCAUGCCAGUAGCAUAUGAGUUUGCUCCAGAAUUAGUCCUGGUAUCUGCUGGAUUUGAUAGUGCUCGUGGAGAUCCCUUAGGUGGAUAUGAUGUCUUGCCAUCUGGAUAUGGUCACAUGACCCACAUGUUGAGUCAACUAGCCAAUGGAAAAGUUGUUGUACUUUUAGAGGGAGGAUACAAUUUAAAUUCAAUAUCUGUUUCUAUGGCAACUUGUACAUCAGUGCUCCUUGGAGAUCAAUGUCCGCUUGUAUCCAGACCCAAACCAUGUGAUAGUGCUAUGAAAACCAUUCAUGAAGUAAUUGAUGCACAGAAGAAAUAUUGGAAAAGUUUGAAAUUUCAAGUUUCAGUUCCAGAUAUUGAAGUCCAACAGAUAACAUCUAAAACUGAGAAAUUGAAUGUCCAAGAUUUACAUACAACCAACAGUAUGAGUAAUGAAACCCAACUGAAUGGGUUGAAUGCAGCUGAAACUUCUGAAGCAAAAGUGGCUGAAACUGCUGAAGCAAAAGCGGUUGAAACGUCAAAAGCAAACAUUGGUGAAAUAGCUGAAGCAAAAGCAAGUGAUGAUGAGUUAUUAGGUGCUUGUGGUGGUUCAGAGGCACCCAGGACUGUCAUGGACGUUUUGAAAUUGCCGGGUGUAGAUCGUAUGUAUGCUGUUCAACCUAUACCAUGGUGUCCACAUCUAGAACAAGUAGAACCAUUAAAUGGCAGACGAUUAGACUGUAGAGCACCUUGUCUGGAUUGCGAUGAAACAGAUGAAAAUUGGAUCUGUCUUGUCUGUUAUAAAGUAUAUUGUAGUCGCUUCAAGAAUGAACAUAUGUUAUAUCAUGGGCUUGAGAGUGAACAUAGAAUAGUAUUAAGUUAUUCUGAUCUUUCUGUAUGGUGCUAUGCUUGUGAUAAUUAUAUAGAUAAUGAGAUUACCUAUCCAAUGAAAAAUUCCGCUCACAGAAGUAAAUUUGGAGAAGAUUUGCCAUGUUGAUUAUUAAAUUUGAUUUUAUUGUUUACAUAUAUAGAAUAUAUUUAACUGUAUUUUACUUGUCUCUGAUCUCUUUCAUAAUCAGGCCAAAAAAUAGAUUACAACCAGGAAAAUGUCAAUUUGGACUGUUGUAAAUAUUGAAAUUUCCGUGUAUGAAAAUGUCGUCAGAAUAUCAGGUUAAGACCAAUUGAUAGGAUCAA